CUAGAGCAGAGGAGUUUUUUUGCUAGCCUAGAAACCCUAGGGGUGGAGAGAGAGAGAAAGCGAAGCGAGCUUCGUCGCGGCGGGGCCUUUGCGUGCGCGACGAAGAAGACGCGCUCUCGAAGCGAUUCUUCGUGUGUUGGGUUUCGGCGGGGGAGGAGCGGCGAAGCGCUUCUUCGACUUCUGCGGCGGUUUUCACUCUUUGUUGUUCUCUAUUGUGCCGGCACGGGAUUCGGUUUCUACGGGGCUCACGCUGUCGAUCUAUCGCCGAUCUUUAGGGUUUUCGGAGUUGGUGGUACGCAAUCUUUUUUUAUUUUUGAUUGGAGUGGUGAAUUGGUAGGGUUUGGGGAUGUGAAUUGGGGAGAAAUGGAGGAGGGGAGCGUGAAAUGUGGAGAGAAUGUGAAUGAGAGCGCUAGUGGUGGGAGGCCGCCGAAUCCGCUUGCCGGUAGUUUCCGGCAGACGCCGUGCAAGCCAACGCUUGUUCGCCAUAGUUUUCAGGUGAAGACGAGAUCAAUCAAUGUGUCUUCCGAGCCUGAAAACAGCUCAGAAAAUUGUGAAACUGAGUUUAUCCCUAUUGUACGCUCUGGAGGUUGGGCUGAUAAAGGAUUCCGGCAGAGUAUGGAGGAUGUAUAUGUUUGUUGUGACAACUUCAUGCAGGAUUAUGGGCUAAAGAAUUUCUGUGAUGGACCUCAUGCUUUCUAUGGGGUGUUUGAUGGGCAUGGUGGAAAGCAUGCUGCUGACUUCGCUUGUAGCAAUAUACCGAAAUUCAUCACUGAAGAUGUGGGUUUUCCUAUGGAGAUCGAGAGGGUGGUUUCCUCGGCAUUCUUGCACACUGAUACUGCUUUUGCAGAGGCUUGCUCUCUCAACUCCUCUCUUGCAUCUGGUACUACUGCAUUGGCUGCCCUUCUCAUUGGAAGGUCUCUCGUAGUGGCGAAUGCCGGUGACUGCCGUGCUGUCCUCUGCCGCAAGGGCAAGGCCAUCGAGAUGUCACGGGACCACAAGCCAGCCUGUAGCAAAGAAAAGAAACGCAUUGAAGCUUCUGGUGGGUACGUGUAUGAUGGCUACCUGAAUGGCCAGCUGAACGUGGCCCGAGCAAUUGGUGAUUGGCACAUGGAAGGCCUCAAGGACUCCAAUGGCCUUGGGCCCCUGAGUGCAGAGCCCGAGGUAAUGGAGGUUAAGCUCAUGGAAGAGGACGAGUUCUUAAUAAUGGGCUGUGAUGGCAUUUGGGAUGUCUUCAGGAGCCAGAAUGCUGUGGACUUCGCACGCAGGAAGCUACAAGAGCACAAUGACCCAGUUGUGUGCUGUAAAGAGCUUGUCGCAGAAGCGCUUAAGAGGAGGAGCGGGGAUAACUUGGCAGUGGUUGUGGUGUGCUUCCACUUGCGGCCACCGCCACCUUUGACUGCACCGAGGCCCAGGGUGCAGAGGAGCAUAUCUGCUGAGGGGCUUAGGGAGCUGCAGAGCUUCUUGGAUAGUUUGGGUAACUAAAGUUGGAAGGAGGAUUAUGGGAUUUAAUUCGGUGGCUUUUCUUUGUUAGUCUUGAUGAUGUUGUGUUUCUAGGUUUAGGGGUCUAGCUGCUAUCUCUUUGCUUUUCUAGUUUUCUUGCUGAGAUGGUGUUGAGUAACUCAGAGAGAGGUAUCUGCCAAAUUGUAGCAUAUGCGGCCGUCGAGGUUCCUUUUGCCAUUACAGUCAAAUAUUGCAUUGGAUUUUAAGUGGUGCUUUCCUUAACCAGUUCUUAAAAAUAA